AUGUCAAUGUUUUCCAAAACCUUCUGUGUGCCCUCGCCCCUUUCGAGCGGCCCCGGUCCAGCAGAGCCACUCAAGCCGAGAAAAGCGAUGGACGACUUGCUUCUUCCCUCGCUUAACAUGGACUCGGCGAUGUUUCGCUUUAAACACAAUACUCCGGCCAAUUUCAACGCCAUGCACCUAUCAAAAUUACAAAAAAGAGCCAAGACGGCUCCUCCGGCCUCACAAGUCCUCAAUGGGGUGCCCCACACGCCCACUUCAUCUCCUUUCCUGUCGCAAUCUAACAUGUGCAUGAAAACGAUGUUACCGUCGCUGUCGUCCCAGGUAUUGGCACAUUCGGGAGCAGCGUCAGUACCACGUGACCGCACGGUCGACGCUGUCGCCGGCUAUACCUCCAGCGCUAGCGAUUCUUUGUCGUCAUCGCACUUCAUUUCGAGUUCUUGGGCGGGUUUAAAUCAGCCCUCAAACCGCAACGGCUUUGACUCAAGCAGUAGUGAGGGAUCUUCCAGAUAUUUUUCUGAUCAAGAGGACGGCGGACCUUUACCUUCCCUGCGUCACUUGAGAUUAUUGCCAAAUCCAUGCCUUCAGCAAUAUGCCCCACACUAUCCCGACACUUCGGAACGAACAAGGUUGUGGAGGCAAAACCUGUUACAAUGGUGCAAAACAGAAAAUUAUAACGACUUUUUGCAUAUUGAGCGUGAAGUCGGAGAAGCACCCCAUUUGCCACGUCCCGGUUUCGGUAACUUGAACGUGCUUGCUAACGUCGCCUCAACUGCUCCCCUCAUACCCUCUGUCUUGAACCAUCAAGAUCAAUUCUACGAGCUGUCCAACACAUCCUUGUCGCAAGGCGUUAUAACUCCACCAAUAAGUCCUCCAAAUAACACCCAAAAUGGCCUCUCCCCUUUGAGCUAUACACCCUUUAUGAGCGAAAAACUGGUGCAAGCCAUCAAACGUAAAAGGGUCGGAAAUCACAAGAAAACCAACAGCUUCAAAGCUCGCGAACUGAAGAGGCUAUUCGCUAAUAGAGAUGUACUCUCGAUCAAUUCUGAAAAAAAAGUAACCAAACCGCUUAAGAGACACAGCGCGCCUUCUUCACCAAAGCAGUAUGUCAUUAAAGUUCACGAACUGUGCUCUCCCAGACCUCGAACAAGAUCCCCAUCCCCUGUACGGCUUUCUCCAUGUGCCAAUGCAGGACAGAAUCAUGUUUUUCAUGAGCCGAGCACACCUGUCACUAAUGUUGAAAGCUUCAAAAAUACCUCGAGCAACUCCCCCCCGCAGAAAUUAGAAUUUAGCUUCGCCAAAAAAAUUGUUUCCCCCAAAAGAAUUUCCCACAGAACUUGCAUAUCUUGUCACUCCAGCGAUUCGCCUUGUUGGCGACCUUCAUGGACCGAUAGAAAACAAGAUCAACUUUGCAACUCCUGUGGCCUUCGCUACAAAAAGACACAUGCACGUUGUCUCAACGCAAACUGUCGAAAGAUUCCUUCAAAGGGUGAAAUGGCCAUUAUGAAGGCCAAUGGACUUGUCAGACAUACGCAGAAUGACGGCACCAUUGUCGAAGGUCUGUCGUGUUUAUUCUGCAAUAACAUUGUAGAAAUAAAAUAA